AUGUCCGGGCUCGAACCCCUUGUGGCCCUGGGCCUCGCCUGCAACAUCCUCCAGCUGAUCGAGGUCGGCUGCAACACCAUCAAGCUCACGAAGGCUAUCUACCAGAGCAGCUCGCCGGCCAUCGACAAGACACUUCAGGACAAUGCUGCGGUUCUCAGCACCAUCAGCGGUGAAGUCAAAGCGGCCCCGCGGCCGACAAAUCUGUCCAAACUCGACCAGCGGCUUGUCGACACAGCCGACAAGUGCUUCGCUGCCGCACGCGAUCUUGAAGAAGAAGUAGUCUUCCUGCUUAGCAACGCGAAGAAGAACCAGCUUGCGGCGACCCUGAAGAUUGUCGCCAAGACAACGCUGAGGGAAAGCCUGGAGAACGCCGAGAAGCUGAUGAUGAAGACACUGCUUGCUCAUCUAUGGUCUCGAACCCGUACUGCCGAGCUUGAUCUGAGCAGUGUUAAAGACGACCUUCGCACGUUCAUUCAACAGUACGAAUGUGGGAGCAGAGAUAUCAAGCAGCUCAUCUCCAGAGAAAGCGUCGUCACUAGGGAGCACAUAUCUGCCUCGUCCCACAAGACCCUUGCGGCCAUUGAUGGGGUCCAAAAUCAAAUGACCAAGUUGGCUUUCGACGCGGACAUGCAAGUGGACCAGGCGCAACGUGAACGUUUACUUCGGAGCCUGAAGUUCCCCGCUUUCAACGAGCGCAGAAAUCAAUUAUCCCAAGCGUUUGAAAGUACGUUCGAGUGGAUUUUCAUGGGAGACGAUGGCCCACAGCAGGUUGACCUGGAUGAAUCUGAGCUUGAGGAUUCAGACUGGGAUGACUCCGACCUUGAGGAUCUUGAUCUAGCAGACCCAUCUGAGGCCCGCUGGGAUCUUUUCUCAAAUUGGCUCAGCUCCACGGCUGAUACCUACUGGAUAAGCGGGAAGCCUGGCUCCGGCAAGACGACACUGGUCAAAUUCGUAAUAUCAAGGGGUUACUUUGCUCUCUUCUAUACCAACUUUUGGACAGAAACCUAG